AUGCAUAUUCAUAAAUUAAAAGCUAAGAUAAAAAAGAAAAAUCAGGAAAAAUACCUGACAAAAAAAAAAAUACAAAAAAAACUGUUUUUAAACGAAUCCGAAUUUCGAAGACUUUGCAUAUUUAAAGGUAUAUAUCCAAAAGAUUAUAAAGAUAUACCAUUAAAAUUGAGAAAUAAAUUUUAUAAAAAUAAAGUAUAUUACACAAGAAAUGAUUAUAAAAAAUUAAGUAAUGAAAAAAUUAUACAAGAUUUUCGAAAAAUAAAAACUAGUUUAAAAAGAUAUAAAAAAUAUAAACUAGCAUUAGAAGACAAUGAAAGAUGUAAAAAUAUUAUUAAAAAUUUUCCAAAAUAUAAAUUAGAUCAUAUAAUUAAAGAAAGAUUUCCUAUACUAGUAUAUGCAGUUGAACAAUUGAACGAUGCGUUAACUGCUAUAAUUGCUUAUUCAUUUUUGCCAUCAAAUGAAAAUAUAGGAAUUAAAAAUAAUUUAAUUAAUCAAAGUAUAAUAUUAAGAAAUCAGUUUCAUUAUUAUGCCUAUAAAACAAAUAAAAUUAAAAAGGGUUUUAUAAGUGUAAAAGGGUAUUAUUUACAAGCAGAAAUUUUACAAAAAAAAAUUACUUGGCUCAUACCUCAUAUAUUUACUCCAUAUUUUGAUAAAUCUAUUGAUUUUAAAAUCAUAACAAAUUUUAUAGAAUAUUAUGUAACUCUUUUAAGAUUCAUUCUAUACAAAUUGUAUAGGUUGGAUGGUUUGGAUUUUCCUCCAAAAGAAUAUAUAGACCUUAAAAAUGAAAAACUAAACCAUUUGUCUUAUGAUAAAAAUUUUAUCACAAAAGAGAUUUCCAACGAAUUAGAAACUAAAGAGUUUACAGAAAAUAAUAUAAUAGAACAAAACACAAUCGAAGAAAAUGAGAUAAAAACGAAAAAAAAUGAAACAGAAAACUUUGAACAAAAUAAUCAAGAAAAUGAAAUAGAUAAACCCUCUAUAAGUAGUGAAAAAGAAAAAAAAAACACAAUUGAAAUGAAACAAAUAGAACAUGAUAUUAUUAACAAUGAUAAUACUAAAAGUGUUAAAAAUCUUUUUAAAAAUCAUAUUUUUUAUAUACAUAGUAAUAUGCCUUUUGAUGUUUUGUCAAUUAUUAUAUUAUCAUGCGGUGGAACCAUUUGUUGGAACUCUUUAUAUUCUCCAUAUAAAUAUGAAGACAAAAGUAUAACACAUGAAAUAUUAGAAGUUAGUGAAGAAAAUAAAAAUAUGGAUAUUCAACAUUCUAAUAAAAUAAACAAUAUAAAUGAAUAUACAUAUAAAAGAAGUUUUAUACAACCACAAUAUAUAUUUGACUGCUUAAAUUCAAACAUGAUAUUAUCUUGUGAAGAUUAUAAUAUUAAUAAAACGCUACCUGUGCAUUUAUCACCUUUUAUUGAUGAUGAUAAUUAUAAAGAUUUAGUAAAAAAAGAUGAGUAUACUAUAAAUAAAAUGUUAAGUGAAGAUCCACAAUAUAACAAAAAUAUUCAAAAAAAUAAAAUAAGCUCAGAAAAUAAAUACAAUAGUUAUAAUGACAAUGAAAAUGAUAUGUCAGAAGAUGAAUAUAAUAAUGCUAUUCGACAAAAAUUGCGGAAUGAUGCAUUAAAUAAUCAAAUGGAAGUGGAAAACGAAAAUAAUUAUAAUCCUCAAAAUAGCAUAAAACAAGAAAAUGAUUUAUUAAAUGUAAAAAAAAUAAAUAAUCAAGAAAACAUAAAACGAAAUAAACUUGCUUUGAGCAAAAAGAAGAGAAAAUUGUAUAAUAAAAUUGAACAGGCAGAAAACAGACAAAAAUUAACUAUAGAAAAAUUUAUAAAAAAAAGCAAAAAUAAAAAAUCGUCAAAGUAA